AUGGCUCAACUCCUGAGCAGCAUUCUCACCGUGAUGAAGGUCUUCCAGAAAUAUGCCAAUGAGAAUGGGGACUGCACCUCACUGUGCAAGAAGGAGCUGAAGCAGCUACUCUUGGCUGAAUUUGGAGAUGUCCUCCGGAGACCAAAUGACCCAGAAACUGUGGAUACCAUCCUGAGUCUCUUGGAUCGAGACAGAAAUGGAAGUGUUGAUUUCCAAGAAUACCUCUUGUUGGUCUUCCAGUUGGCCCAAGCCUGCUAUCAUAAGCUAGAUAUGGGAUCAUGUGGAGAUAGUGCCAACCAGCAAGAAGAAGGGCAGGAGGGAGCACAAGACCAUAAGAGCCCUAGAAAUAGCGAGAGACAGCACAGGCAUAGGCAUGAUGAAGACAAGCAGGAUUCUCAUCAUGAUCAGUCGGACAGACCAGACAGGGAUUCCUGGCAUCAUCAGUCCAAGAGACAACAUCAGGAUUCAGACUGUGGCCAGUAUGAGGGACAAGACAGAGAUUCCCACCAUAGUCAAAUUGAUAGACAACACAGGGACUUUGGUCAUGGUCAGUCUGAGAGAGACUGCCACCAUGGUCAGUCUCAGAGGCAUGACAGUCACUCCCGCCAUGGUCAGUCUGAGAGGGACUCCCACCAUCGUCAGUCUGAGAGUGACUGCCACCAUGAUCAAAAGAAAAAAAUGUCUCCACUUCUGAGAAACAUCUUCAACAUCACUGACAUCUUCAACCAGUAUGCCUCCAGUGGUUGCGAUGGGGCAGCUCUGAGCAAGAAAGACUUAAAGGAACUCCUUGAAAGGGAAUUUGGAGAUGUCCUCCGGAAACCACGUGAUCCCGAGACAGUCGAUCUGGUCUUAGGACUUCUAGAUCGAGACCACGAUGAGCUUAUCAAUUUCAAUGAGUACCUCCUGUUAACUUUCAAGGUGGCUCAGGCUUGUUACUAUGCUCUGCACCAGGCCACCGAGCUUGAGGAAGAGAAGGGAGCAAAGUACGAAGGCGAGGGGAAGCGCACAAAAGAUCACAGGCUAGAAGCCCCAAGGAGAUCCGAAGCCCUGGACAGACCGCGCGAAGAUGAACGCCGGCAGACGGUGCAGGGGAGGGAGCUCGCUGAAGAAGAGCUGCAGCGAGAGUGGCUGGAGAGACGCGAGCAACGGGACCUGGGACGCCGCGACGCGGUGCAGGGGCUGCAGAGCCGCGGCCUGCCAGAGCGCGCGGAGCGCCGCGCGGAGGAAGAGCAGCUGCAGAGGCGCCGAGGUCGCGAGCUUGAGGCGUUUCCCGAGGAAGAGCAGCAGCAAAGGCGAGCGAGACGGGAGCAGGUGGAGCUCCAGGAGCAGGAGGAGUUGCAGAGGCGGAAGAGGCAGGAGCUGAGGAGGGAGCUCCCAGAAGAGGAGCCCCAGCAAAGGCGGGAGAAGCUGCGCGAGAGGGAGCGCGUGGCGGACGCGCGGCUGGAAAGGCAAGAGCAGCUCCGGGGCCUGGAGGAAGAAGAGCAGUUGCGAAAGCAGGAACUAAGGAAGGAGCGUCGGCAGGAGGCGUCGCAGCAAAGCUGGGAGAGGAAGGAGCAGCGGGGCCGCAGCGUGGACCAGGAGGCGCGGCGGCAAGGAGAGAACGGCGAGCAGGAAGAGCGCCGCGGGCAUAGGCGGGACGGAGCCGAGCUGAAGCGCGAGCUCCGUGAGGAGGAGGAGCUGCCGCAGCGGCUGCAAAGGCGCGGGCGGGAGGAGCCGCGAGAGCAGGCGCGCGCGGAGGAGGGGCGGGGCCUGGCCCGGGACCCCGCCCAGGCCCGCGGCCCUCAGUGGCAGUGGCAGCUGGAGAGCGAGGCGGACGCCCGGCAGAACACAGUCUACUCCAGGCCCCGCAGGCAGGAGGAAGAGAGAAGGCGGCGCCUGGAGCGCGAGCCACGACUAAGGGAGGAGCAGGAGGACGAAGCCCAGCGACGGGUCCGGCCCGGGCAGCUCCGGGAAGAGCGGCCGCGGCGGCAGGAGGAGAGGGACCGACAGUACCCGGAGGAGGAGCUGCUGCCACAGGAGGAGAAAGAGCUACGGAGAGGGGACCAGGAGAAGAAAAGGCGCCUGGAGCGGGAGAGGCUAGCCCAGGAGGUUGAAGAGGAGGAACAACUUCAGAGGGAAAAGAGGCGCCAACAGCGCGACAGGCAGUGUAGGGAGGAUGAGGACCUUCCGCGCCAGGACGGGAAGCAACAAUUCCUGGAAGAUCCGCGCCGCGAUCUGAAAUGGCAGUGGCAAGUAGAAAAAGAAAAUGAAGUUCGCAAUGACAGGCUUUACGCCAAACGCGGAGCAAAUGAGGAAAAAGAGCGUCAGUUGGAAGAGUCCCAGCUGCAAGGAAGACAAUUGCAGCAGGAUGCACUGGAAGGGGAGGGCGCUCUCCUGGAGCAAGAGCGCGGGCGGAGGCAGCAGCGCGACCAGCAAUUUCAAACGGAAGAACUGGAAGAGGAGCAGCGAGUGGAAGCGAAAAGGCUGCUUAGAGAGGAAAUAGAAGAGAAGAGACGCCGUCAGGAAGCAGAAAGGCGGCUCCCUGAAAACAACUUCCAGCUGUCCCAGGAUAGACGAUUCCAGGAGGAGGAGCAGCUGCGCCGCCAGCAGCGGGACAGGCAGUUCCAGGAGGACGAGCCACUGCGCCGCCAGCAGCGGGACAGAGAAUUCCAUGAGGAAGAGCAGCUGCGCCGCCAGCAGCGCGACAGGCAAUUUCAGGAGGAUGAGCCACUGAGCCGCCAGCAGCUGGACAGAGAAUUCCAGGAGGAAGAGCAGCUGAGCCGCCAGCAGCGCGGCAGAGAAUUCCAAGAGGAAGAGCAGCUGCGCCGCCAGCAGCGCGACAGACAAUUCCGCGAGGAAGAGCAGCUGCGCCAGGAACCCGAAAAGCGGCUUCGCCGCCAGCAGCGCGACAGAGAAUUCCAAGAGGAAGAGCUGUUGAGCCGCCAGCAGCGCGACAGGCAAUUCCAGGAGGAUGAGCCUCUGCGCCGCCAGCAGCGCGACACAGACUUCCAAGAGGAAGAGCCGCUGAGCCGCCAGCAGCGCGACAGAGAAUUCUAUGAGGAAGAGCAGCUGCGCCGCCAGCAGCGCGACAGGCAAUUCCAGGAGGAUGAGCAGCUGCGCCGCCAGCAGCGGGACAGAGAAUUCCAGGAGGAAGAGCAGCUGCGCCGCCAGCAGCGCGACAGAGAAUUCCAGGAGGAAGAGCAGCUGCGCCGCCAGCACCUGCAGCGUGACAGACAGCUCCGCGAGGAGGAGGUAGAGCUGCGCGCACAGCAGAGAGAGGGAAAGCUUCCAGAGAAAGAGCGGCUGCGCCGGGAGCUCAAGGAGCAGCAGUUGCGCGGUCAGGAGCUGGAGCAACAGCUCCGCCAAGAGCGCGACCGGCAAUUCCAUGAGGAUCGACAGCUCCGCCAGGAAAGGCAGAAAGAACAACUGAGACGUGAAGAACAGGAAGAGCAGAUGCGCCGGCAAGAGCGAGAUAGGCAGUACCAGUCUGAGGAUCGGUUUGUCGCGGAUAAGAGGCGUCGCCAGGCACCAGAACUGGUGCAAGAAGAGGAGAGGAAAUUCCGGGAGGAAGACCGGGUCAAGCGUCAGUUCGCCAAUCCCCCAGUGCGCUCUAGCCCUCUCUAUGAGUACAUUCAAGAGCAGAGGUCUCAAUACCGCCCUUGAGAGAUGCUGUCAGUAUACUGACAUCUGCCAAAGCCUGAAGCAAAGAAAAAUAAGAAAAGCUCAGUACCAAAGGAUGACUGAAAUGUUUCUGGUUGCGGGAAAUUCUGUUAGAAUGUGUCUGCUAAAUCCUUAAGUGCAUGUACUCCUUCUGCCUUUUAUUCGUUCUUAACUAGCUCUUUCUUGAAGGAUGUCUUUCUCUUUGGUGUAAAUGUGGUCACUUAAGGAGUUCUGUUUGAGGAACUUGUUAACUUAUUGCUUUCCAAAGUAACAAGGAUAAUGAUUUGAGAUUCUACGUAACAGGCUAUUCUUAUUAAUGAAUGCUCCAUUUGUGGAGAUUUAGAAUUUCAAAAUUAUAUUUUUAAAUAUUCAAGUUGAUUUUUUUCCCAUUGGCCUGAAUUACAUUAGUCUUUACUUCCAAUUAGCUUCUCCUCCGUGCUGGCAUCAUUAGUACACAUUAUGUAAAGUGCCUUUUUACAACCACCCUUAAAUAUAGUACACAGAGGAAGUAAUUUUGGGAGAAAAACUCCUGUAAACUCAGCCCAUAAUUGGGAAAUAUUUAUUAGGAAUAGGGUUUGCUUAAAGAAUGGAUUUGUUGUGUUGUGUUUUUCCCCCUAAUUCUUAACUGCAUGAUACUCAAAAAUCUCAGGAAGCAAAAGCUAUGUGUUUCCCAACCCCAGAACUCAAAUAUUAAGAUGGUGUCUGCUGUAAUCUUUAAUGUUCACUUUUCUUCUUCCAACUUAUGGGUUUGAGAAUAUUAUUACCUUUGUUAGUUUUAGCUGAGAAAGGACCUCAGGAUCCUAUACACAUUUGUCUUUUUCUAGGGCCAGUAGGGGAUCACAGAAAGUAUGUCGAGAAGAGACAGGAGAGAAUGUGUUAACACAGGAACAAGUUCCUAGAAGCCCUUGACAAGACCCAUCAGCCCACAAUCCUUUAUACUGCCUUAGAGACAUUCUUGUUGAAAUAAUUGGACUGUAUGAAAAAUAAAUGAUUGGCAAACAA